CGGCCGCAGAAGCCGGCUGGGCUGCAGUGCGAGCUGCGCGCCGCCGCCACCACCCACAGGGUACACGGAGAGGGCGGGGCGGACUGCUCGCAGACGUCACUAUGGCUGCCGCUGAGUGUCCGGCGGCGGUGCGGCUCGCCGGAUUAGCGACGGUGCUGCUGCUGCUGCUGCUGCUGCCCGGCGUGAGAGCCAUCACUGGAGAGUCUGAGAUCCUGGAGCGUAUAUUGAACCCCACCAAGUACGACCGCAACGUGAGGCCGCCAGCAGAAAACGGCACAGGGGGACCGGUCGAUGUCAAAAUAGAUCUCCUCCUCCGCAGGCUGUUGGCAGUCAGCGAAGCUAAUAUGGACUUCACUGCCCAGCUGACGGUGGUUCUGACGUGGCACGACCCCCGCCUCAGGUACGACGACAUGGACACGGGACGACGGCGGUUCGUGACGCUGACGGAGGUGAGCCGCGCGUGGCAGCCAGACGUGUUCUUCAGCGAGGAGAAGCAGGGCCACGUGCACGACAUCGUCACGCCCAACGUCUACAUGCGCAUCUCACCCGACGGCCUGGUGCGCUUCAGUGUCAGGACAUCGAUGGCGUUCGCCUGUGACAUGGAUUUCCGCCGGUAUCCGAUGGACACACAGACCUGCACUAUCUCUAUGCAGAGUUACGGGUACACGGAGGAGGACCUGCGGCUGUCGUGGAGCGACCGUGACGAGGUGCACUUCGUGAAGCAGCACAGCUCCGCCGGGCUGUUCUCCAUCGCCAGCCUGCAGACCGCCGACUGCACCGCCAGGGCGCGCGGAGCGGCGACGAGCUGCCUGCGGGCGGCGGUGCGGCUGUGGCGGGACCCGCGGCCGGCGCUGCUGCGCGCCUACCUGCCGAGCGCGCUGCUGGUGGCAGCGUCGUGGGCCGCCUUCUGGAUGCGCCGGCGCUGGGGCCGCGUCGCCAAGCUGCUGUCGCAGGCGGCGGGCGCGGCGCGCGCCCCCUCGGCGGACGAGGCGGAGGCGGAGGCCGAGGGAGAGGAGAGCCGCUCGGAGGGCGGCUGGCUGCGCGCCUGGCUGGGCUCCCCGGCGGUCGGCGGCCGCCUCGACAUCGUCUGCCGCGCCGGCUUCCCUGCCGCCUUCGCGCUCUUCAACCUCACCUACUGGGCCUCCGUGCUCAACUAG